GUCUGCCCUCUCCACCCUGAUGCCCCAGCGACAAGCGAAGGAGUCGACCGUUGCUUGUAUCUGCUCCCCGAUCUUCCGCCUGUGCAGCAGGACAUGGCUGAAUGUUUGCUGGGCCAGAACGUCUCUGACUGCUGCCUGGACCAGACUCUGCAGCAUUCGGGUAAGAUGAACCAUGAGAACAUUUUGGCUCAACUGAAGAAGGACGUUCGCUCCUUGCUCAUUUCAUCCAAGAAUGGUUUAGCUCCGGAAGAGCUCCAACGAGACUACGCCACCAUGUUGGGCCAUUCGUUGCCCCUGAAAGUCCUGGGCUUCAGGAACAUUUUGGAUAUGAGUCAGGAGAUGCCUGAUGUGGUGUCCAUUAACUUCAGGCCAGAUGGGAGCAUAUUCUUAAAAGCUGUUGGUCACGAGACCACUCGAAGCAUCGAGGAGCUGGUGACCAAGCAGCGCUCUAAGCCAAACAAAAAGGUCAGCAGGGGAGGCGCCCGCUACUUGCCAACUCAUUCUGUGUCCCACUAUGUGGUCCUCCCAAGAAGAGGUCCCGCUCCUCCAGCCAUCCCUGCACAGCUGAGGACGGAGCUUCGAAUACUGCUCUCACAAGGUCCCAUUAGGUUAUCCGACUUGGAGGCCUGUUUCUGGCGCUGCUUUAGACGACCGCUUUGCAUUCGCAGCUAUGGGUUCUACUCCACUGGAGAGAUGUUGGGCGCAGCGGCAGAUCUGGUUGUCAUUAGCCAGAGCAGGUUUGGCUCACUUGUGUUCCUGAGGGAGCAUAUGAUCCCUAGGCCACUGCUCCAAUUACCCGCCUCAACAAAGAGGCAUGGACUGAUAAAACCAGCAUCGCUGAGGACAUGCAGGCCAGAUUCUGAAAGGCCAGAUGUCAAACUUCAGACGCCAAAAACACCUCCAGCUGAAGCUCCAGAGAAACCAGCAUCUCUGAACCAGACAUCUACCCAGGACUCCUUGGAUUCUGCCCGUAGUGAGCCGGGAACCGUCGAUAGCAAGCCCGGGGCGGACGAGAAGAACCAGGAAACCAAAGCUCAGCUUUCCCCAGAGAUUCAGCUCUUUGAUAACCAUGUCCUCCAGCUGGAGGAGGGGCUUCGUCAGCAGAUCCUGGAGAACGGAGUUGCUGGCACCAUCAAUCAGGAGCUGAAGGACAAACUACGAGCGGUCGUAGGUCAGACGGACGGCGGAUUAUCAGUUCACAAACUGCCAGCUGAGUACAAGAGGUUUUUUGGCGAGGACUUGCCUCUGCAGCAGAGCGGCUUUGUUAGCGUCACUGAACUCGUCGGUGCCAUGAGUGACACUUUCCACCUGAGACCAGCAGAGGGAGGCAGUGCACAAGACUGGAUAAUCAGGACCAUACAUGAGGCUGAGAAUACACGUCCAGACUCAAAAGAGAGCGAGAGUUUUAAUGAUGAUCAGACGUUUCCAAUUAAGAGCCAGCAGGAAGACGGUGAUAAUGUCCCACCAUCAGAUGAUGAGAACAACGAGCUGGUUACCAGUAACACACCCAAGGAAAUGAUUUCUGCAAUUCCGGUGCAUCUCAGCCCUGCUGUACCCCUCGACGCCCUCCAAAGUAAGCCCCUCAAACCACCGACGCGCCAUCGUGCUCGAGAGCUGGUGGAAGUCUUGGUGGAGCGGGUAGAGUCACCUGGAUAUUUCUACAUUCGCUUCAGUGAGACUGAGGAGGCCCGAGCUAUGGAGAACAUGAUCUUUGAGAUGAGACGAUGCUACACCUGUCCUCAGAUGUCGGAGUGCUAUCGCCUUCCCCAGAGAUUUGUUCGACGGGGUCAGGUCUGCUGCGUGUCACCUGACGGAGUGUGGUUCUACCGGGUGGUGAUCCAUAAGGUGAUCUCCCCCACUCAAGUGGAGGUGUACUAUGUGGACUUUGGUGAUGUGACAGUGGUACCAACCGCCAACCUCAAGUUCCUCAAGUCGACUUAUUCGGUUCUUCCAGCACAAGCUGUUCCAUCUUCACUCGCUGGAAUUAAACCCACCUCUGGCAGCUGGACUCCUGAGGCAACAGCCGACUUCCAGAAACUGUGCUGUGAUCGCACACUGGUGGGCGCUCUGGAUUGUUACAGUGGAGAUGUGCUGCAGCUCUACCUGUGUGACACACAUACUGAUGAUGACAUCUACAUCCACACUGUCCUGCUGAGCCAAGGCCACGGGACACCCUGCAGCCCUGCAGCCUCUGCAGCAGGUAGCUGUCAGGUCACACCAGUGAGUCUCUACCUGGGAGAGGGGGUGGCUGACCUGCCAGAGGUGAGGGAGGAAAUGAUUUCAUCCCCAGAGCCAGGAGACACUUCUGAAGAGUCCAUAAUGGACAAACUGAAGGUUGAAGAUGAUGAAAUGCCUGCCCUGGAGUAUAUCUGGGAUAGCGAGGUUGUCCCUCACAUCCAGGCUAAGGAGAAAAACCCGUUCAGCGCUCUGCUGAAAUACCAAACCGUCACCUGCCCCCUGACACCUCCAGAUCUCAUUCAGACCAAGAUGACCACAGCUGACCUCACGACACAGAGUCCGACUGCUCCACCAGCUCCACCCGUCAUUAAUCCCACUUCCAUGAGACCAGAGGAGGUGCUGCACCAGCCUAAGGAUUCUGCCCCCUCCAUGACCAGACCUCUAAUCCUCAGCACCCUGAGCCUCCACACUGCUGCCCUGGGUCAAAUUCAGGAUGGUACUCUGGCCCUUCAGUCUCAGGUGCCGUCUGAUGGUUAUGGGGCUGCAGUCGGCACCAGUAACGGCCUUAAUUUGGGUCGAGGAUCGUCCAGUGUCUCGACGGACAGCCAGUUGGAUCCUCCGGCUCAGUGCUGGUGA